AUGUGUCCGAGCCCUUUAGACGGCCCCGGUGGUGUACUCGCUCACGCAUCCUUUCCCAACGGAGAUAAGGAUUACGUCACGGAGGUGCAUGUAGAUAGAGCAGAAUCGUGGCAUAUUCAUAUUAGUAGAAAUCCUCUACUCACGCAAAAGCUGUUAUACGUAAUCGCGCAUGAAAUCGGCCACACAAUAGGUUUACAUUAUUGUAAACACAAGGAUUCGAUGAUGUUUGCGAUGGCGCCCAGCAAAACAAAAUUUCCCUUUACAUUGAGCUUAAAUGAUAUGCUUCAUAUUCGAUAUCUAUAUGGUGCUAAUUACUAUGGUUCUACAACUACAAUACCACCCAUCACCACCACUACAGCUGUUGUAAUAACAACAAAAACAACAACAACAAUAACAACAUCGAAAAACAUCAAUCACUGUCCGUGUGCCCUACGAGAUCUUGAUGUAAUAUUAAUCAUAUACAAUCGACUGUAUAUUGCAUAUGAAAAGUACAUAUGGCCGAUUAAUAUCAACGAAAAUACCUAUGAAAAACCGAUCGUAAUAUCAGAUUACAUGCAAUUUCUCCCUGACAAUUUCACACACUUAACAGCUGCAUAUCAGAAACCUACGGGCAACCUGAUGAUAUUUGCUGAUAAUAUCAUAUACGUGGUGUCAUUUCCUAGUUACGAAUUAAUCCAGAAACUUUCGUUCAACGAUUUCGGUCUUCCACUUACAGCCAGAAUCAAUACUGCAAUAAACACCAACAAAGGACAGAGUUUCGUUAUCUACAACGAUCACAUAGUCGGAGAAAUAGACAAUUCUACCGGCAAGUUCGACCUGCAGAUCGUAGAUGUUACUUAUCCGCGAGAUAAUUUGAUAAAACAAUUACGAGACCCGCUCGGUUGA